AUGACUACAUCCAACAAGAGCUUCCCUUUCGAAAUUCGAGAUAUCGAACCUGAACAAGUUGAAAAAUUGAAGCAAUCUUAUCAAAAAAAUACGAAACUAUGUACUACGCGUUUUGGACCCAAAGGUUACCUCUUCACUAGAAAGUUUGAGAGCGUUGGUAAAAAUAUAUACAACAUGGAAAUUAGACCGAGUGAUACCUUUGUUGUAACUUUACCUAGAUCAGGUACCACGUGGACGCAGGAAUUGGUUUGGCUUAUUUUAAACAACUUUGAUUAUGAAAAGGCAUUGGAAACCCCGCUCACCGUAAGAUAUCCUUUUUUAGAGUAA